ACACUAGCAUAACAAACUAGACCCAAUUACGUUGACCUGUAAAGAGACGAAUCAAUAAAAACCCCGCGCGUUUAAUAAUACAUACCGAUAAAGCACGUGAGAAUAGACAACCCUAGUCGGAACACCGAAAGUUCCGUCAGGGGGCGUGGAAAUGAAAGGCAACGCCGCCCGAUAAUAUUCUAUUUUUGGACCAAAACUCUGCUAUGAUUAAGGCGCAAUAUGUGAUGUUCGUUCUAACCCUUAUGUUGAGUGCAAUGCUCGAAACUGCAUCGAUAACCAAAAGAAGCUAUUCAGACCAGUCCGUGAGAGGAUACAUCACUGAGCGAACAUGUUGGUGGAACGAGGUUUGCAAGGAGGAGUUCCAAACGCUGUUCCGAUGUAAAUGCCCCUCAUGGUCCUACUGCAGAAGCCCAGGACGCUAUUACAACGCAAUAUGCUCCAUGACAGAGACCGGAUACAUCUGGGAUCAACCCCACUCCGAAUGGCGCCCUCAGUAGUAAACAAACAUCUAAAACGUAUUUCCAAAAUCUUAUUGUAACACAAAACAUUCUAGCUUGUUACCUAGAUAUAGGAAAGUCUCAACAAAAUUCUCAAAAAAAACUUGCUAAUGUGCCAAAUUCUCACAACGAUUCUAAUUUGAGACUGAUUCAGUAUAAAAUGAAAUUAAAUUUCGCCUUCUAUUUUCAUAUUUAGCCUAAGAUAAUGCACCUCGAUUUCUUUAUUCACCACAUUUUAGAUCACAAAUAAUAAUAUUAAACCAAGAAAAUGUAGCACGCGUAUAUCGUUUACACUGCCAAUUACGUUCAAUACACAUGUUUCAAGUAAUGUGAAAAAUAAAUCUAUGUUCAUUCGAUA